GUUGACAUCAUGGACAUCUGCGAGUCGAUCCUGGAGAGGAAACGGCAUGAUAGCGAAAGGUCCACAUGUAGCGUCCUGGAGCAGACAGACAUUGAAGCUGUGGAAGCUCUCGUCUGUAUGAGUUCUUGGGGACAAAGAUCCCAGAUGAGACCCCUCACACCUGUCUCUGAUUCUGGUGACGUUACCAGCACUGUGCUUAUGGACACAGCUGCACCUGAUCUACCAAAGGACUUCCAUUCUUUUUCAACUCUGUGUAUAACUCCUCCUCAGAGCCCAGAGGUCAUGGAGCCGUUGACAGGGACCCCUGCUCCUUCCCAAGUAACUAAUUUCAAAGGAUGCAUGGUCACCACCCUCCCCCCAUCCCCCACUGUGGCCCCCAGAGCGCUGAGCAGAAAGGAGCCACUGGAGCCAGCCUCAGGAUCCUCCUGCAGGGCUGUGAUGACUAGCGUGAUCCGUCACACUGGGGAGGGUCCUGCUUCUACGUGUUUUCUAACUGCCCCAGCUCAAGAGCAACAACUGCCUAGCAGCAGAGAAGGACAAGUAGAGUUGCUGGGCCAUCGUGAAGCUUUGCAAGACACUCGCUUGGCAGAUGGUUUACUUGUUUCUAACUCAGUUUCCUGUCAGCCUUGCUUACACAAGUCUGGUGUUCCAUUCCCCACCUACCAAGGCCAGCAGACAGGAUGGCCCGCUGCCAUUCAGACCCGCUCACCAAAGAAUUCUGAAAGUGACUCGUCAAGGAAAACCACCCCUCUGAUUUCUGUCCCUGUCUCCACUCCCCCCGUCCUUUGCCAAAUGAUCCCCGUGGCUGCACAAAACGGCAUGUUCUCAGCCUUUUUGAAGCCUCCUCCUCAGUUGUCUGCAGGGACUGUCAAGCCCAUCCUACCCCAAGCUGCUGCGGUGCCCCAGCCUGUGUUCAUGGGCCCAUCUAUGCCUCAGGGAACUGUGAUGCUGGUCUUGCCACAGAGCACCUUCCCCCAGCCUGCCACCUGCCCAUCCAGUGUCAUGGCCAUCGGGAAUACCAAGCUGUUGCCCCUUGCCCCUGCACCAAUGUUCAUCGCCUCCAGCCAGAACUGUGCCCCUCAGGUAGACUUUUCCCGAAGGAGGAACUAUGUUUGCAAUUUCCCAGGUUGCCGGAAGACUUACUUCAAAAGUUCCCAUCUUAAGGCCCAUCUUCGCACCCAUACAGGGGAGAAGCCCUUUACAUGCAGCUGGGACGGCUGUGAUAAAAAGUUCGCAAGGUCAGAUGAACUGUCUCGCCACCGCAGAACUCACACUGGGGAGAAGAAGUUUGUGUGUCCUGUGUGUGACCGACGCUUCAUGAGGAGCGACCACCUGACAAAGCAUGCCCGGCGCCACAUGACAACCAAGAAGAUCCCAGGCUGGCAGGCAGAGGUGGGCAAACUGAAUAGACUCACCUUGGCAGAGAAGUCUGGGAGCAUCCUUGAGCCCUUGCCGGCCUCCGGCUGAGACGGUUCCCUGAUGACCGUCACCUGUGGGCUUCUUCAAACUCCUCUUCAGGAGUGGGGAAUGGGACCUGUGUGUUCCUCUCCAAAAAACAAAACAAAACAAAGGAAAGCAUGGUCUCUGGGCUGUUGAAGUAAGGAGCCGGUUCUGAUGGAAGUACAUUAACUUUACUCUCCCUAUUGGGACCCUGUUCAGUAUCUCUUGUAGUUUCAGUGCUAAUUCUCUGUGUGUCUCUGUCAUUCUGUCUGUCCCUCUCCUCUCUCUCUUUUGUAAGGAAAUGGAAGAAAAUUUGAUCUAAAUCACCAGCAUUCAAACAAAUAAUUCGGCAAUAAAGUUUACAGAGUCUAGCUUUUUUUUUUUUUAACAGCCUUUCUAUAAUGUUUUUUGUAGAAAUGAGACAGGGUACUAACUUUUAUACUUUUUUAUAAAAAUAUUUAUAUUGUGCUCAAAUCACCAAUUUCUGGAUAGACAGUUUUACAACCUUCUUUUCCAAUGUUUUAUAACAAAGUUUUGUAAUGACCCUGCUUUAAGUACUCUUGGUAGUUAGGAAAAAAACAAAUCAAAAUCACAAAUUUGUUACCAGUCUUUUAUAGCAAAUGUUUUAGAUCAGAACUGGUUGAAUAAAGAGCUCUUAAAGGGGAAAAAAAAAAAAAAAACUUUGUAGUCAGCCUUUUUGUGUCAGUGUCAGGGGAAAUUCUAGCAGUCAGUCCUGUAGCCCAUGAAACUAAAAUGUGGUUGGGUAGAGCUAGUCUGAUGUCCCUGUGGAGGGUCUGUCUGGACUGCAUGAUGUUGACUUCUGAGCCAUUUGUUGGCUGAGAGCAAAUGAUCCCAUGGCCGUCUAUACUUCAGCACCAAGAAACAUGAAUGCCGGCACCAAGCUUUAUGGAUUGUCUGUUGGCUCCUGGUGUGGUCUUUGUAUUGCAUGAUGGUUCAGUGACCACGCAGAGAAAAGCAAAUGUCUAUGUUGGUUGGAUAAACUCUCCACCCAAAGUGCAACUAGACGGAAAGCAAGGUGUUCGUGCACAGUGGCCUCUGGGGUUCAGAUGCCUUCUUUAAUUAUGGACAAAACUCUGAGGAAUUCAUGUUCACUAAAUGGCAGGGGAGGCCACUCAGCUGCCCUUCUUCUAUUCACUGUGUGAGAAGGAAAUGAUUUCACUUAAAUGAGAAGUCUUGCAAUGGGGAUGAAAAACAGAUCAUGGGUGCUGCUUUUAUGCCUUGUGAGAUGUGCCCUGCAGAUAGUGGCCAAAAACUGGCUUUAGUUAAAUGUUGGGAAGUCCAGGCAAUACAGUAAGUGACAACAAUAUAUUGCACUGUUUGGGCAGCCCGAAAAUAUUUUUGUGUGGUAUUGUAUUAGAUUUUGUAUUUGCCUUUUAAUACUGGCGUUUAACUAUUUAAAUGAUGGCAAAGUUGAAAUAUUAAUUAGAUAAAUGAGAUUUUGUGUUCAGGUCUUUUGAGACUAUAGAACCUUCAUGUGGUCAUAUAUUGUAUGUUACUUGAUCCCUGUUAAGCUGCCUUUGGUAGCCUCAAAGUUUUGUAUGUAUGUGUGUUUAGGAAAUGUCGGGACAGCUCUCCAUUCGGUUGUCUUUUAACAUAAGGAAGCCACAGGAGAACUAACUGUACAUAGCUCACAAGUGUCCCAGUACCCCAGUCCUGUCUGCCACGCUGACGAUUGUGCAAGUGGUUUAAAUGGCAUCCAAUGGGAAUGUCUUUGUUCAUUGUGACAUGCAGAGUGUGAUGUUCUUGUCCUGGUGUCUCUGUGGGUAACGGAAUGUCUUGGAGUGUUUAGUCGCUCAUCAUAUAGAAUUUCAUUCUCUGACCAGUAUUGUUUCUAAAGUAAUCAAUGUGUUGAAAUACCAUUAGGGUUCCAUUUCCUGAGUAGAUGUAGAAACCCCUUCUGUGGAAAACCCCCACCAUUUGUCUACUGAAAGACUUAAGUUGGAAAACAGUUCCUGUGAAGAGGACUCCUGAACCCCAGAGCCCAGGGGGGGCACUGCUCCCUUGAGAGUGCUCCCUAACCCCCCCCAUGGUGAGGCACCCCCAGUGCACUUUAUCGCUUGAGCAGUUCUGCUUGAUUUUUUUUUUACCUUGUUGAGCCUUUUAGUAGUUUCAGUAAUAAAAAUUUAAAUGUUUCAAAUA